AUGCUUUUUCCUACAGACUCAAAUGCUGAUCCUUCAAUUCAAGCAACACAGAUAAGUUUGAAGCGGAAAAAGCUGCAAGAUGACCUUAAUGAGAGACUGCUCAUGCGUCCAGGGCCGUUAGAACUCGUUAAUAAAAAUAUCUUAGACCCUGGUUCAUUUGUUGGCCAUGCAAUUAAAGAAGGUGCAGUUGAAUACUCGGAUACGAAAGAUUCAACCCUGAUUGUUAAUGCGUUAUCCCCUCCGGAAUCUUUUAGCGAUGAUUCAUUUCAGUUGUCCCCAGAUAACACCUCAAGUAUCGGUUCCCCAUCGGAGCUAUCACCCUCCCCUAUAUUUCCCACUCCCCCCAAGUUUAUGCCAAGUGACACUCCAUUUAAAGCUUUUCCACAAGUUGCGAGCACUCAACCAGCGCAUCAUAUGAAACUCAAAGACACUAAUAAGAGCCGCAAGAAAACGUCGAAAGCAAAAUUUAAGAAAUAUAAAUAUCAUGAAUACCGUCCGCCCAAUACAGAGACGAGUAUUUCUAAAAGUGACACAACACUCCCGGCCGACUCGCCUUAUGCGUUGCUGUUAGAACAGCAACAACUAUAUCUACAACUUCAGGUCCUCUGUCAAAACUACCCACAGACAUUUUUACCACUGCUACCUGCUGUGCAGAAAAGCAGCCCGGCAGACAACCAGCAUGCGGAUAAGCCGAUGAAACUAGAAGAGAUGAGAGUCAUUGAUUUGAGAAAUGAGUUGAAAAGCAGGGGACUGCCUGUGUCUGGGUCGAAGAAUAACCUGAUGGAAAGAUUGAAGUUGGCCAAUGCUGCCCAGGGAUCUCCAACGGCCAUCCCCAAUACUGUUGCCACGGUAGCACAGACAACACCAGUCCCUGUUGCACCCAGAACGACUUUAACCCGAUCAACCUCUGCUCCAGGGGGAGUUAAGUUAAUGAACUCAAUAAGACCUGGCAAGAUACUAAAUGAUGCUGAAAAGAUACUCCAAAUGGAGCAAAAUAUUAGCGUUGAGGAGAUCCAGCAGAAAAUACAACAAUUACAAUAUCUGAAUCUACAGCUACAGUUACAGCAAUUAGAUUUAAAGAAAAGCCAACAAGGCAAGCCACUACAACCUAAACCAGCGCCUGGUGAACCCACAGUUCUAAUGACGUCAUUGUUAUCUAACCAACAACCUUUGCAUCACCCAACUCUCCCACAACCCUCUCCUCUCCCACAGCAACAACAAAACCAACAGCAACAUGUGCAACUGCUGCCUCAACAAAAUCAAGUACAACAACAACAGCAAACAAUACAAGUACAGCAACAGCAGUUGGAACAAAAUCUACAACAACUCAAGCAAAUACAACAGCAACAACAACAGUUGCAGGUAGAACAACAGGAACAGAAACAACAAUUGCAGCAACAACAACAUUUGCAACAGCAACAACAACAGUUAAAGCACCAACAAUUUCAACAACAACUACAACAGCAACAACUACAUCAGCAGCAGCAGCAGCAGCAACAACAACAACAACAACAACAACAACAACAACAACAACAACAACAACAACAACAACAACAACAACAACAACAGCAAUUACAACCUCAACAGCCUAACCAGCAACUCAACCAACAACGACUUUAUAACCAGUUAUCAGUAUCACAGGCGCCAACGAUCUCUCUGCAAACAAACACCGAAUCAAGUGAUGUUAAAAUAUCAUCAAGCACUGUGACAUCUCUUCCGCCACCUCAACAAUGUCAAGUAUCUAUCUCUGCAACCCCAUUACUACACUGCUCGGCGUUAACCUGCAACAAUAAAUGUACCGGUAACCACUUGCAACAAUCAAUAACAACAACACCGAACAUUAACUCGGUACAACAACAUAAUGUAAUCCACUUUAAACAGCCUGUAAAACCUGUAAUUAUAUUGCAACCACCGAAACAACAGCAACGAGCAGAGCUGUUGUUCAGCCCCCCAGCUGAUAUGGGAAAUGAAGCAUUCUUCCAACAGUUGAAUAAAAAUGAUGGUGUAUCGUCUUUACACGGUGAUAUAAAAAUGGACCACGACACAAACUGGCAAGCUAUAAUGGAUGGUGAUGCUCGAUCACCUACAAGCUCGCCCACGUCUCUAGAGAGAUCACCCCCACCGUAUUUUCAGGCGGUAGCUGGCAGGUUAAGUCCUCGUAGUACAAGCUUUUCAGCAGGCAAUACGGCAGGUUUGCUGAAGACACAUCAACGGACCAAUAGUGUUGGCAGUACAUCGCCCCUAGCUCAUCGUCGGUCUCUAUCUGUUCCCUCAGUCAACCAUGGCAGUGUACAACAACAGGAGCUACAGAAGAGCCAUAAAUCCCUUUCCACUAUGUGUCUUGAUUUUCCUGAAGCAGACGAAAUGAGUGAUAUGGCGGAUAAUUACCACGGCAUUACACAAGAAUUACAAAAGGUAAUGGCAAGGUUGCUACAAGCAUUAGUGGAUACUGGGUGCGCUGGGAUGCACUGGUAGCUGAAUAACUGUAUUAUAGCUGAAUAGCUGAAUAACUGAACAACCCUCGGUGGCGCAAUCAUCAGGGCAAGGCGCCUCUUUCACUUCUGAGAUCGCGUGUUCGAUUCUCGCUUCGGACUCCAUGACUCUCUCGUGAAAAGAGUCAGUCAACGCUCUACCGAAAGUGGUGGGUUUUCGCCGGGUACUCCAGCUUCUUCCCACACGGAAUAUUGACAGAGUGGGUUGGGAUUAGCCCUUAACUGACCCUUCCAUGUGUCAAAAGGUGAAUUUCCAUUCAGUGCAAAAUGUCGCAUGGUCGAUUUUUUGUGAUCGCUUUCUUUUGAAAUGUGUGCAGUCAACUGCAGCUAAUGAGAUUUGUUCCGCUUGACUGUUUGUAUUUCAAAAGAAAGCGGUCGCAAAAAGUCGAUCGCGCAACAUUUUGCACUGAAUGGAAAUCCGCCUUAAGAAAGCCUUCGAUUCGAUCAGGUUGAGCUGCAUCCUUUGUAAUUCAGCUUAGCUCUCAGCUGCAAGUAAGGAUGAUUAGCACAUCUCCACUCCCUCACUAACUUACUCAAAACUGUAACAAUAAUUUCACAAUCAUGGAAGCAUUGGGAUGCUAUGAUGCAAAAAAUAUAUAAUUCCAUGAUGCAAAAAAUAUAUAAAAUUGAGAUUUACAGCAGCAAAAUGGUGGUAGUGGACAACUUACAUGUUAGACUAAAUUUUAAUCUAAGUAAAGAGAAGGGAAUCAAACACAACAGUUAAAAAGAACAUAAUGAAAUUAGUAAAAUAGCAAAAUUUGGUUACGAAAUGUUGUAAAAUACAGAAAAUAUAGCCUUGCGAAAUUUGCAUAUUUUCAGUAUAUUUGUAUUACGUGCGGAAAUUGUUACCAUUUUCGGCUCAAAAAUGGUAACAAUUUCCGCAUGUAAGGCUAUAUUUUCUGUAUUUUACAACAUUUCGUAACCAAAUUUUGCAAUUUUACUGAUUUUAAUAAGUUCUUUACGGGAAUUUACUUCUUUUUGCCUAAAUCAAAAAUUAGUCUAACAUGCAAGUUGUCUAUUGAUGACAAUGUAAAUCCGUUCCAAGCCCAUCAAGAAGUGGGUUGUGCUCAUGGAUCAGUUGCGCUCGCAAUAACCAUCAUGACAUUGUAUUUUUCUUUUACAAUAGGCAAUGAUUAUUGAAUCCCAGAAUAAUUUAGAUAAUCGUAACGCGGAAUUGCUUGAGAUUUUAGGAGGUGAGUGAGAUUUACUUAAUAUUUAUUAUUAUACUGCGUCCAUCCAUUGUAUCUUUUAUUCAACACUUCAUUGUAUUUUUUGUAACGGAACUGUCUCUAAGCCGCAUUUUUGCUUUUCUUCGUGUCAGUAAAUCGCUUACAUGUCCGUGUCCUCAAAGCUAGUUUUGUCCGUGCGUGUACCUAAGACUAAUUCUAUUUGUGCGCGUGUUUAAAAAUAAUGUUACUUGGUAAAGUUAGAUUGAGAGUCGCUUCACUUCUUGCAACCUGUUGCAACUCAUCUUUUGAAUUCAAAUCCGGCACCAUUUUCUGGAAUAAGCUCAGGAGAUUGACCUGGGAGAAACUGUUUGUAGUGAUUUUUUCUGUGUUGGUGUAAUGUACUCAGGUGAAUAUACGAUGUUUGUGAUGUUACUCUGAGUGUAUAUCCACACCGGGCAAACUUGAAAAAUAUGCCUGUCCACGGUGGGAAUCGAACCUACGACCUUUGGAAUACUAGCCCAAUGCUCUGCCAACUUACUAGAUUACAUUGAUAUCGAAGGAACUAUAUUCUGUUCCGAAAUAUCACUUACUCGAACCGACCUGAUCGCGUAGCUCAGUUGGCAGAACAUUGGGAACCGUGAGCAACCAUGACGGAAAUGCAUCGACGACGGUCAUUAAUACAAUGAAACGAGAUACAUUGCACUUAUCUAAAUCCACAUGAGCCCAAACUAACCAAUCAUUUAUAAUUUAAGCACUAACUGUAUAAAUCAUCUACAUUUAGAUACAUUAUUUCCUCCGAGUGCAGCUGCAGGCGGCGUACUCACGGGAAGUAGUCCAAACUUAAACGCUUACUCCCCUUUUCCUUCUUCUGGAAGACACUACACCAACUCCUCUCCAAAAGCCCCAAGAUCACCGACUACCAACCUACCCUCGUACCAAGAGGCGAUACAAAACAGUCUGCAGUCCCCUACUUCUGGUACUUUUAACACCAAUGAACUACUAAACGGCUACCAUGACCAUACAUCUCCGGUGAAUAUAAACCACACUCAACGUAAAAUAUCAUCGCCCAAUAUAGAGGAUGGUGUAUUACCCAUCCCCGGGUCUCCAAUGAGAGUAGACAGUGAUGAUGUUGACUUGCUGCAGAGAAGCGUUCUGGAUGCGAACGGUUACAGAAGAGAUAGUUUUGAAAACUUUAGAACUCAGAAUGUGCAAAACAAUUCAAUAUAUCAUGUAAAUCCCAGCGAUAUAUUCGGUAAUCCCACAGACACGCGGUUGAUAAAACAAGAGGACACAGGAAUGUCGUUCCUUGAUAUGGAGACUGCGGCUGCGGACUUUGCAGAAUCUAUGGAUUUUGGAAUGGCGGGAGACUCUAUGAGCGGUAUAACAUUUAGUCAAUAGCGCAUAUAUGUGUAUUAUUGUACAGUACAAUGUAACAUAGGGGGCCCAUUUAUGCCCUAGCAAACUAGGAAAUAUUGUGGCGGAAACAUUGUUAUCUAUCUAUGUUACCCGAAGGUUACGAAGGUAGACAAACCAGGAAACCAGGUUUUCCAAAAUUGAACAAAUCAGAGAAACUUGUUUCUACACAUCUUUCUCGACAUUGGACCAACCAAGAAACAUCAUUUCCUAAACAUGUUUCUCAAAUUUGGGCAAACCAGAAAAUGUUUUCUGGGCGUGUUUCCCGCAAGUGGGAAAGCCAAAAGCAUUGUUUCCUCGAUAUGUUACGUUUCCAUAAAUUGGGCAAAGCAGAAAAAAUGUUUACUAGCCAAGUUUAUUGAAGUUGGGAGAUCUAGGCAUUGUUUCCUGUAACCAUGUUUCCUGAAGUCGGCCAGACCAAGAAUCGUUGUUUACUUGCUAUAUUUCUCGAAUAUGUGCAAAGAAAGAAACUUUGUUUUCCAACCAUGUUUCCCGAACGUGACCGAACCAGGAAACAUUGCUUCUGCAACAGAAUCACAGUUGACAAAUAGAAGAUAUGUUUGUGAAUUUGUUGGAAACACUCUUACUUCGCUUCGUUCCAACAACAAUGUGUCCAAGGGUUGGUGAACAGGGGAACACCGAAGGAGGCAUGAAGAUUCUCAAAAUGUUUCCAUCACUAUUUCCUAGUUUUCUCGGUCUUUACAUUUUACACUGUACUGACGUUUUAUAGCCUAGUGAUAGAGCGUUUCACCAACGAGUCAUCCAUAAUUAUGCACAUUUUCACAAGCCUACAGACAGUUCAUUGUUGGACCUCGGUUAUGACCAUGAUGAGUCUAUCACCGACAUUGUAAAAAGCGUACAUUGGCCAUAAGUCCCCUUCCCAGCGUACGGUUUGUACGCUUGUGCAAAUCUUGAUAAUUAUUGAUGACUCCUUGUGUCUUUUAUACUGUGCUGCACAUGACAUGGUGGUCGCAUUCAAAUGUAUUGAUUACAGGAACGAAGAAGUGAGAUGGUAAAUGUUUCUGUUACAUGCAUAUGCCACCAAACACAAGGUCAUUACAUAUAGUGAACAACUUAAUCACUAGGCCAGUAUAAACUGCCUUUCCUUUUGGAGUUGACCAUCAUGUUACUGUAGUAUAAACUUAGCGAAACCUACUGAGCUCUUUUUCCAGUAAACGAAUUUAUUCGCCCGAAAAGACUUUUUCCUUUAUUGGCAUCGCUUCUCGCGUCGCAAAGGCGAUGCUGACAAAGCAAAAAGUCGCUUCGCGCGAACAUAUUCUCCUAAUGAAAAGCGGGCUUUAGGGGGGCUAUUCAUACGAGCUGGGCUGAUUUGAGUAGCGUAGAAUACAUGGGCUUAGAAUAGAAUUUUCCAUAAUCCGUAUAUGUGCGUUAAAGAAUAUAUUUUGGUGUCAAUUUGGCGUAAUUAUAUGGUACAGCUCAUCAACCUUGAAAUCAGAACCCUGCUCCACUCGUUAGGAGGUCAUGUUUAUUAGAGUUGUGUAAAUUAUGAGUUACAUAAUAUUUGCCGAGGCAUGUAUCUUCAACUUAUAGUCCAGUCAAAUCACUAUAAGUACAUGGUCCUGAUCAAAGUAAUUGCAAUAGAUUUGUUUUCAGUGGUAAAGUGUGAGAAAAGUUGUUCUGAUUAACAUACUAAAAAUCCCAAAAAAUCCCUUCGGUGGAACAUGGUGAAAAUCGAGUUUUUCUUACUUCUACCUAUAGAAAACCAUUGUGGACAGAAUGUUGAAAUUUUGAAAUCAUUUUUAGGCGAAUGUAACCUACAUUAUUGGAAAGCUUAGAAAAAACUAAAAUAUAGAUCAUUAAACGGUUAUCUUGCUUUUGCCUAUCCAGCCGAAGUUAUACAAGAUUUAAAAUGCCAUAAAUUUG